GUCACAUGAUUUUCACCUGACAUUUGCUAGCUUCUGCGAAAAAAUCUAUCGACGAGAAUUCCAAUUUAAAAGGAACAUAUUUACACCACCGUCGAGCAGCGUUUAACGAAGCUAGCAAAAUGAAAAUUUGUGGUCCGAAAUGCUCCCUCUGCGGAUUGAUUAUCUCCGUUUGGGGCAUUGUGCAGUUGGUGCUCAUGGGAUUGUUCUUUUACAUACACAGUGUGGCUUUAAUUGAGGACUUGCCACUCGCGGAAGAGUACAAAAGCUUAGAUGCGUUCUAUACAGCUGCGAAUAGUGCAUACAAUCAGAAUGCCUAUAACUGCUGGAUUGCGGCGUGCAUUUACGUGCUGACUCUGUUGCUCUCUGCGCAGCAAUUCUACAUGAAUAGCAGAGUAACUGCCAACUAAAAUCUGUGCUUCAACUUCAAAAUGCAUCCAUUGAAAAAAUUAUUUGUGCUAUCGUCGCUGAUUGCAUCUAACCACAAUUAGUAUUGAAAUGUUUAUUUAAAGUUGAAGAAAUUUGUUUAUUUACUGUAUAAUAUCCCCAAAGUUUUGUUGCUAAAGUUUAAAUUGCAUUGAAUAUGAUAAUGUUUAAGUAAAAUGUAUGUAUAAAUAUGUACGUAAUACAAUUGUUUUGUUCAUGAUAAUCACAUUCCUUUAAUAGUUCUAUUAUUUUCUUUGUAUCGGUCAAACUCGUCAAGCCAAUUAAAGCAACAAGAGCAACAA